CCGGUGUGAGGCGGCCCGGCCUGGCUCCCUCCGCCGGGCAGCCCGCCCAGGUAACUGGGUUUGGCUGGCGGGCCCGGGGGACGCUCCGCGUCUUCACCUCUCUACCCGGUUGCUGCGUGGGCGGUGCUCGGGGAGUAGGGGAGCCGCCGCCGGGGCCCGCUCGCCGGCAGCCUCAGCCUCCGCCGCUGCCGCCAGAUCCCACCAGCCGGGCCUGCGUCGCCGCCGCAGCCUCUGCCGCCCCCAGCGUCGGAGCCAUGGCAGGCGCUGCGUCCCCCUGCGCCAAUGGCUGCGGGCCCGGCGCGCCCUCGGACGCCGAGGUGCUGCACCUUUGCCGCAGCCUCGAGGUGGGCACCGUCAUGACUUUGUUCUACUCCAAGAAGUCGCAGCGGCCCGAGCGGAAGACCUUCCAGGUCAAGCUGGAGACGCGGCAGAUCACGUGGAGCCGCGGCGCCGACAAGAUCGAGGGGGCCAUUGACAUUCGCGAAAUCAAGGAGAUCCGCCCAGGGAAGACCUCACGGGACUUUGAUCGCUACCAAGAGGACCCUGCUUUCCGACCCGACCAGUCACACUGCUUUGUCAUCCUGUAUGGAAUGGAGUUCCGCCUGAAGACCCUCAGCCUGCAAGCUACAUCUGAGGAUGAAGUGAACAUGUGGAUCAAGGGCUUGACCUGGCUGAUGGAGGACACACUGCAGGCGGCCACCCCCUUACAGAUUGAAAGGUGGCUGCGGAAACAGUUCUACUCUGUGGAUCGGAAUCGCGAGGACCGUAUAUCAGCCAAGGACCUGAAGAACAUGCUGUCCCAGGUCAACUACCGGGUCCCCAACAUGCGUUUCCUCCGAGAGCGGCUAACAGACCUGGAGCAGCGCAGCAGUGACAUCACCUAUGGGCAGUUUGCUCAGCUGUACCGCAACCUCAUGUACAGCGCCCAGAAGACGAUGGAUCUCCCCUUCUUGGAAACCACUGCCCUGAGGCCGGGGGAGCGGCCAGAGCUCUGCCGAGUGUCUCUUCCUAUGUUCCAGCAGUUUCUCCUCGAGUACCAGGGGGAGCUGUGGGCUGUUGACCGGCUCCAGGUGCAGGAAUUCAUGCUCAGCUUCCUCCGAGACCCCUUGCGAGAAAUCGAGGAGCCAUACUUCUUCUUGGAUGAGUUUGUCACCUUCCUGUUCUCCAAAGAGAACAGUGUGUGGAAGUCGCAGCUGGACACGGUGUGCCCGGACACCAUGAACAAUCCGCUCUCCCACUACUGGAUCUCCUCCUCACACAACACGUACCUGACCGGGGACCAGUUCUCCAGCGAGUCCUCCCUGGAAGCCUAUGCUCGCUGCCUGCGCAUGGGCUGUCGCUGCAUUGAGUUGGACUGCUGGGAUGGCCCGGACGGGAUGCCGGUCAUUUACCAUGGACACACCCUUACCACCAAGAUCAAGUUCUCAGAUGUCCUGCACACCAUCAAGGAGCAUGCUUUUGUGGCCUCAGAGUACCCGGUCAUCCUGUCCAUCGAGGACCACUGCAGCAUUGCCCAGCAGAGGAACAUGGCCCAGUACUUCAAGAAGGUGCUGGGAGACACACUCCUCACCAAGCCCGUGGACAUCGUUGCCGACGGUCUCCCGUCCCCCAACCAGCUCAAGAAGAAAAUCCUUAUCAAGCACAAGAAGCUGGCUGAGGGCAGUGCCUAUGAGGAGGUGCCUGCGUCCGUGAUGUACUCUGAGAACGACAUCAGCAACUCUAUCAAGAAUGGCAUCCUCUACCUAGAGGAUCCCGUGAACCAUGAGUGGUACCCCCACUACUUCGUUCUGACCAGCAGCAAGAUCUACUACUCCGAGGAGACCAGCAGUGACCAGGGCAACGAGGACGAGGAAGAGCCCAAAGAGGCCAGUGGCAGCACAGAGCUGCACUCCAACGAGAAGUGGUUCCACGGGAAGCUCGGGGCAGGACGGGACGGGCGGCACAUUGCCGAGCGCCUGCUCACCGAGUACUGCAUCGAGACGGGGGCCCCCGACGGCUCCUUCCUGGUGCGCGAAAGCGAGACCUUCGUGGGCGACUACACCCUCUCUUUCUGGCGGAACGGGAAAGUCCAGCACUGCCGGAUCCACUCCCGGCAAGAUGCCGGGACCCCCAAGUUCUUCUUGACAGACAACCUCGUCUUUGACUCACUCUAUGACCUCAUCACACACUACCAGCAGGUGCCCCUGCGCUGCAACGAAUUUGAGAUGCGCCUCUCGGAGCCCGUCCCGCAGACCAAUGCCCACGAGAGCAAAGAGUGGUACCACGCCAGCCUGACCAGGGCGCAGGCCGAGCACAUGCUGAUGCGUGUCCCCCGCGAUGGGGCCUUCCUGGUGCGGAAACGCAACGAGCCCAACUCCUACGCCAUUUCCUUCCGGGCUGAGGGCAAGAUCAAGCAUUGCCGCGUCCAGCAGGAGGGCCAGACGGUGAUGCUGGGCAACUCAGAGUUUGACAGCCUCGUCGACCUCAUCAGCUACUACGAGAAGCAUCCGCUGUACCGCAAGAUGAAGCUGCGCUACCCCAUCAACGAGGAGGCGCUGGAGAAGAUCGGCACAGCUGAGCCUGACUACGGGGCCCUGUAUGAGGGACGCAACCCUGGCUUCUAUGUGGAGGCAAACCCUAUGCCGACUUUCAAGUGUGCUGUCAAAGCCCUCUUUGACUACAAGGCCCAGAGAGAUGACGAGCUGACUUUUACCAAAAGCGCCAUCAUCCAGAACGUGGAGAAGCAGGAUGGAGGCUGGUGGCGGGGAGACUAUGGUGGGAAGAAGCAGCUGUGGUUCCCAUCAAACUACGUGGAAGAGCUGGUCAGCCCUGCAGCCCUGGAGCCCGAGAGGGAGCACUUGGAUGAAAACAGCCCCCUGGGGGACUUGCUGCGGGGGGUCUUGGAUGUGCCAGCUUGUCAGAUUGCCAUCCGUCCCGAGGGCAAGAACAACCGGCUCUUCGUCUUCUCCAUCAGCAUGGCGUCGGUGGCGCAGUGGUCCCUGGAUGUCGCCGCUGACUCACAGGAAGAGCUGCAGGACUGGGUGAAAAAGAUCCGUGAAGUGGCCCAGACUGCAGACGCCAGGCUCACGGAGGGGAAGAUGAUGGAGCGGAGGAAGAAGAUCGCCCUGGAGCUCUCGGAGCUUGUCGUCUACUGCCGGCCUGUUCCCUUUGAUGAAGAGAAGAUUGGCACAGAACGUGCCUGCUACCGUGACAUGUCGUCCUUCCCGGAGACCAAGGCUGAGAAAUACGUGAACAAGGCCAAAGGCAAGAAGUUCCUCCAGUACAACCGGCUGCAGCUCUCGCGCAUCUACCCCAAGGGCCAGCGGCUGGACUCCUCCAAUUAUGACCCCUUGCCCAUGUGGAUCUGUGGCAGUCAGCUGGUCGCCCUCAACUUCCAGACCCCAGAUAAGCCUAUGCAGAUGAACCAGGCCCUCUUCAUGACCGGUGGGCACUGCGGCUACGUGCUGCAGCCCAGCACCAUGCGGGACGAGGCCUUUGACCCCUUUGACAAGAGCAGCCUCCGUGGGCUGGAGCCAUGCGCCAUCUGCAUUGAGGUGCUGGGAGCCCGGCAUCUGCCCAAGAAUGGCCGAGGCAUUGUGUGUCCCUUUGUGGAGAUUGAGGUGGCAGGAGCCGAGUAUGACAGCACCAAGCAGAAGACGGAGUUUGUGGUGGACAAUGGCCUGAACCCUGUGUGGCCGGCCAAGCCCUUCCACUUCCAGAUCAGUAACCCUGAAUUCGCCUUCCUGCGCUUUGUGGUUUAUGAAGAGGACAUGUUUAGUGACCAGAACUUCCUGGCUCAGGCUACCUUCCCGGUGACAGGCCUCAAGACAGGGUACAGAGCAGUGCCUUUGAAGAACAACUAUAGUGAGGACUUGGAGUUGGCCUCCCUGCUGGUCAAGAUAGACAUUUUCUUUACCAAGCAGGAGAAUGGCGACCUCAGUCCCUUCAGCGGUGUGUCCCUGCGUGAGCGGGGCUCCGAGGCCUCGGGCCAGCUGUUCCAUGGCCGGGCCCGGGAAGGCUCCUUUGAAGCCCGCUACCAGCAGCCGUUUGAGGAUUUUCGCAUCUCCCAGGAGCAUCUCGCGGACCAUUUUGACAGUCGGGAGCGAAGGGCCCCACGAAGGACUCGGGUCAACGGAGACAACCGCCUCUAGUUGUGCCUCAGCCUCGGUGGGAGCAGCAGCUGCUGCACGCCUCUCGGAAUGCCGUGAACUGGGUUCUCUGGAAGCGGCUUGCCACGGCAGCCUUCCGGGUCUCGCAGCCUGGAGCCUGGAUUCCAGCGGUAACUGCUAGACAAAAACCAAGCCAUUAAUGAGAGUAAUACUGUGGGGCUCCGUGCCCCAGCACGGUGAAGGCAAACCUGUACUGUGUCUCGCAUUAAGCACACACACCUGACCUGACUCCUGGAGGUGGGUCCUUCCAUCUAGUGGGGCCAGGACCACGGCCGCAGCCCCCUGCGAGAGGCUGCCUGAGCCAGCAGCACAGGAGGCUCUGAGGAGCCGUUGACAUUCCUGAGAAUGGAGGAGGAGGAGCGGCCUUGCUGGGCCCGGGGAACCAAGUUUACACUGUCCUGCAGCUUUAAAACCACAGCUGGGCAAGGUGGGCGGGCCGACGCCCUCCCUCCCGCUUUGGCCCUGGAGCCAGAGCGGUGGCGGACGGCCUGCCAGCGGAGGACACAGCACAAGGGCGCACUGCCCAGCCUGAACGAUACAGGGGGUCAGGUUUAAAAUAGCAGUAUUGGGCAUCGGAAGCCAUGGAGGGUCGCCCUGCGAGGGGCCAGCGGAGGAGACUGAGCCCCAGGGCACCGCCUGAAGCAGGGAUGGUGGCAUCGAGUCCCGGAGCCACAGCAGCGCCUCAGUGCUGUGGAAGCACAAGGGCCCUGAGCUGGGUGCGCCGCACCACUGGGCUAUGCCACCCGCCACUGCCCACGGCGAGAGCCCUGGAUGUGAGCCCGGAGGACCUGCUCACCAGGGUGGACAUGCGCCACCAGCAAGGGUGUGCCACCGAAAUGUGGCAGCAACGGACCCUGAGGCCUUCGUCAGGGUGAUCAGGGCCGGAAUGGAGGAACGAGUCGCCGAGGCUGAGCCGGGGACUUGGCCCAGCGCAUUCAGGAAACUCCUGCGCACACGUCAGAGGCCCCGGCCGACCAGCUCCGCGCCCACCUCUUUCGGACCGGAGACCACUCCACCUGUUGCCGUGGAGCCCUGGGAUCUGAGACUGCGGACAGCACUGCAAGAGGCCCCUGUCUGAGGCGAUCCAAGUAUUAACCCAUCCGAAACUCCUAUGACUAGACAUACACAAUGUUGGAGUAUGGAAUUUUAAAGUUUCUUUUUUGCACA